UUCCGGGUCGCGCUUCCCUUACGUUUUGAAUCGGAUUUACACAUUUAAAAUGUUUAUUUUGCUCAGUUAUGACGUGCAAAGUCCACUUAUCGCUCAUAUCUUAAAAAUGCUUUAAAAUCAGUAAGAGUCCGCCGGUCUGAUGUAUUGUCUUUUACAGAUAUAAGGAAUAACAAUAACAAUGAGUGGAGGUUUAGCACCCAGCAAAAGCACUGUUUAUGUGUCUAAUAUCCCAUUCUCCUUGACAAACAACGAUCUGCACAAGCUAUGCUCUAAAUAUGGCAAGGUGGUCAAGGUCACUGUCGUGAAAGACAAGCAGACACGUAUGAGUAAAGGAGUAGCAUUUGUGUUGUUCCUGGACAGAGAGUCUGCUCAUAAUUGUACCCGCUCGCUAAACAACAAACAGUUGUUUGGGAGAACAGUAAAAGCAAGCAUUGCUAUUGAUAAUGGCAGAGCUACAGAAUUUAUCAGGAAGAGAAACUAUACAGACAAAUCCAAGUGUUAUGAAUGUGGGGAUGAGGGGCACUUGAGUUACGCUUGCCCUAAAAAUUUACUUGGAGAGCGAGAACCACCACCUAAAAAAGAAAAGAAAAAGAAGAAAAAAGCCCAGCAGCCUGAGGAAGUAGAGCCUGAGGACAGUGAGGAGGAAGGAGAGGAUCCAGCGCUGGACAGUUUAAGUCAAGCAAUCGCUUUCCAGCAAGCUCGCAUUGAGGAGGAGAGGAGAGUGAAACAGGUCACAGAGGAGGCGUCUGAAGCAUCGACAUCAGAGAACACCCACAAACCAAGGAUCAAAAAGAGCGCCUACUUCAGUGAUGAGGAGGAGCUGAGCGACUGACUCAUACCUUUAUGUUCUCUAAUACUUCUUACCUAUUAAAUAGAUCAUAUAGUGAUCUAAAUUUCUCAUUUUAUCCAUGUGUUUUUGUUGAAGAAAGCAUUUAUAUUCAGGGUAAGAGAAGGUUAUCUUAAUCUGAUGUGGUGAUUUGUCAUAAAUGCUAUAUAUUUAGAUAGUGAUGUAUGAAUCCUGCCGAGUACAACUUUACACUUAUAUCUUUUUAUCAUGUAAAUAAAGCUUAGUUUUGUGUUUCGUUGCCACAUUUUUGUUAUAAUGCUUAGAAAACUGUGAAAUAAAUACUGUUUUAAAUAAAA